GGCAUCAUUCGCACUGUCGUUUACCACGCCAGACACGAACGAAAACACCCGCGAUACGUACCUGCACUACACACUGGGAUCGUGAAUAGUAGUUACCGUCGUGAUCUACAUCGUCCAUCUCCUGCUGCUACUGAUCACUGGUCACGUCCUCGUUACUUGACUGCCACUCAACUACAUCUGGUCUUCAGAGACUCGACACUCGCCCGAAACAUGAACCGGGCGUUAGUAUUGAUUUUGUCGAUUGUAUUCGUGGUUGCUGAACCACCAUAUGGUGGUGGUGGGUCUAGUAGCAGUAACGGUGGAAAUGGAGGAUAUGGAGGCAAAGGCCAGUAUGGCGGAGGAAAUAGUGGUGGAUUAGGAUCAUCAUCAGUCAGUCCCUUUUUCAGCGGUGCCAACCAAUAUGGAUCUCAAUCGGGUUCGUCUGGAGCUGGAAAUCGUUAUUCUGGAUCAAAGUUUGGAGGUAACAAAGGAGGCUACGGAGGAUCUAGUUCACGUAACAAUGGUCGCUAUGGCAGUGGAUCUUCAAGUGGUGGAUCAGCAAGCGGUUAUGGAAGUGGAUCUUCGGGUGGCCUAGGUGGUAUCGGUGGAUCUUCGGGAAGCUACGGAAGUGGUUCCUCAGGAGGUUUUGGUGGUGGAUCAUCCGGAAGUUAUGGAGGAGGAUCAUCUGGAAGUUUUGGCAGUGGAUCAUCUGGAGGCUACGGAAGUGGAUCUUCUGGAGGAUUAGGCGGAGGGUCAUCUGGAGGCUACGGAAGUGGAUCAUUAGGAGGAUUAGGUGGAGGUUCAUCUGGAGGCUAUGGAAGUGGAUCUUCUGGAGGAUUAGGCGGAGGUUCGUCUGGCAGUUAUGGUAGUGGUGGUGCCGGAGGAUUUGGUGGAGGAUCCUCAGGAAGCAAUGGUGGUUACGGAGGUGGAAGUUCUGGAUCCUACGAUCAAUUUGGAGGAGCCAAUGGUAACGGACUUGGAGGAUCAGGAAACGAUCCACUUUCUGAGCCUGCAAAUUAUGAGUUUUCCUAUGAAGUAAACGCACCCGAAUCCGGUGCAAUUUUUGGUCAUAAAGAAAGUCGUCAAGGCGAUGAAGCUACAGGAGUUUAUCAUGUAUUACUACCAGAUGGUCGAACACAAAUAGUUGAAUAUGAAGCAGAUGAAGAAGGAUACAAACCAAAAAUCACGUAUACAGAUCCAGUAGGAGGAUAUGCUGGUGAUCGACAAUCUGGAAAUGGUGGUAAUGGGGGCUCUGGUGGUUCAGGAAACUAUGGAGGAAAUGGUGGAAGUGGUUUAGGAGGUGGAUAUGGAGGAUUCGGUGGAUCAGGAGGUUCUGGAGGUGGAUAUGGCGGAUCAGGUGGAUCUGGUAGUUUGGGAGGUGGAUAUGGGGGAUCAGGUGGCUCCGGUGGUGGAUUAGGAGGUGGAUUAGGUGGUUCCGGCGGCGGAUAUGGUGGAUCAGGCGGCUCUGGUGGUGGUUUAGGAGGUGGAUAUGGUGGAUCAGGUGGAUCCGGCGGUGGUUUAGGAGGUGGAUAUGGGGGAUCAGGUGGUUCCGGUGGUGGAUUAGGUGGUUCCGGCGGCGGAUAUGGUGGAUCAGGCGGCUCCGGUGGUGGUUUAGGAGGUGGAUAUGGUGGAUCAGGUGGCUCCGGCGGUGGUUUAGGAGGUAGUAGUUACGGUGGAUUAGGUGGCUCCGGCAGUGGUUUAGGAGGUAGUAGUUAUGGUGGAUCAAAUGGUUUUGGAGGUGGUUCCGGAGGUGGAUAUGGUGGAUCAGGUGGUUUAGGCGGUUCAAGUGGUGGUCUAGGAGGAAGCUAUGGUGGUUCUGGUAGUGGUAGUGGAAAUGGCUUAGGAGGUGGAUAUGGAGGAUCAGGUGGCUCCGGUGGUGGUUUAGGAAGUGGAUAUGGUGGAUCAGGUGGAUCAGGUGGUUUAAGUGGUGGAUUAGGAGGUAGUAGUUAUGGUGCAUCUGGUGGCUCUAGUGGUAGCUUAGGCGGUGGAUAUGGUGGAUCAGGAGGCUCCGGUGGUGGUUUAGGAGGUGGAUUAGGUGGUUCCGGUGGCAGAUAUGGUGGAUCAGGCGGCUCCGGCGGUGGUUUAGGUGGUGGAUAUGGUGGAUCAGGUGGCUCCAGUGGUGGUUUAGGAGGUGGGUAUGGUGGAUCGGGUGGCUCCGGUGGUGGAUUAGGAGGUGGAUCAGGUGGUUCUGGCGGUGGAUAUGGUGGAUCAGGUGGUUCCGGCGGUGGAUAUGGUGGAUCAGGUGGCUUCGGUAGUGGAUUAGGAGGUGGAUUAGGUGGUUCCGGCGGUGGAUACGGUGGAUCAGGUGGUUCUGGUGGUGGUUUAGGAGGUGGAUAUGGUGGAUCAGGUGGCUCCGGUGGUGGUUUAGGAGGUGGAUAUGGUGGAUCAGGUGGCUCCGGCGGUGGUUUAGGAGGUGGAUAUGGUGGAUCAGGUGGCUCAGGCGGUGGUUUAGGAGGAGGAUAUGGUGGAUCAAGUGCCUCCGGCAGUAGUCUAGGAGGUGGAUAUGGUGGAUCAGGUGGUUCAAGUAGUGGUUUAGGAGGUGGAUACGGUGGAUCAGGAAGUUCUAGUGGUGGUCUAGGAGGUGGAUAUGGAGGAUCCGGUGGUUCAAGUGGAGGUUUAGGAGGGGGGUAUGGAGGAUCAGGUAGUUCCAGCGGAUCUUAUGGUAGUAAUCGCAAUAGUUUAGGAAGUGGAUCAUCAUCUUAUUAAUACUUUUUAUUGCUCAAAUUGAUGAACAUCUUACUAUCAAAACCUUGUCUUAACUUAUUUAUUUAAAAUAUAAAUAAAGAAAAAUAUUCUAUUAAUAGUUUUACUAAUAUUAAUUAGCACAUUCACAGACCUUUGUCAUUUGCACAAUUCACUUUUUAUUUAUUUAACACAUAUUUCUGUACACUAUUGAG